CGAAGCAUAUCUAUCCCCACGUAACAACAACUUCCUCCCAAGGAACCAACUUGGCACCGGGUGCACUGCAACUCUUAUACCUCGUUCGCGUCAUAUAUUCUAGUCAACUCUGCCAUUAGGGCUUCCCUUGGACAAGGCCUUCCGAUACAGAGGGAGAGCUGUGCACAAAAGCCAAAAUGGACCAUGAGGCACAGAAAGAGCAAUGGGGUGAGAUGGAGGACCAGGAUGGGAUCCGUCUCAGUUGGAAUGUUUUCCCCAGCUCGCGCAUGGAAGCUUCAAGACUCGUUGUCCCCAUAGGCGCAUUGUAUACCCCUCUGAAGGAGAAGCCAGAUACGCCCCUCCUCCAAUUUGAGCCUGUUACUUGCAAGCCUCCUUGCAGAGCUGUUCUUAAUCCCUUCUGUCAAGUUGAUGUACGAGCGCGCCUUUGGAUCUGUCCAUUCUGCCUCUCACGCAACGCCCUCCCACCACACUAUAAGGAUAUCACGCAAAAUGCCAUUCCUCCGGAGCUUCACCUCACGAACACCACCAUCGAAUACCGACUCUCCCGACCUGCCCCAAGCCCGCCCAUUUUCCUUUACGUUGUGGACACCUGCCAAGAAGAAGACAGUCUUUCCGCGCUGAAGGAGAGCCUUAUUAUGAGUCUCAGUCUUUUGCCAGAAAAUGCCUUGGUUGGCCUUAUUACAUACGGGACCAUGGCUCAAGUACAUGAAAUUGGGUACACAGAAUGCGCAAAGUCAUACGUUUUCCGAGGAAGCAAAGACUAUUCGGCAAAGCAGGUACAAGAAAUGCUAGGUCUGCUUUCCGCAGGACUCAGGCCCGCAAUGCAACAGCAGCAGCCCGGUAGGCCUGCGCCAAUGGGGCCAGCUUCGCGAUUCCUUCAGCCUGUCCAGCAAUGCGAAUUUCAGCUUGUUAAGGCCCUCGAGCAAUUGCAGAAAGAUCCAUGGCCAGUAUCCAGCGACCGGAGGAAUCUGCGUUGCACCGGUGUGGCUUUGAGCGUAGCUGUGGGUCUCAUGGAAACAUCGUUUCAAAAUGCAGGAGGAAGAAUUAUGCUUUUCGCAGGUGGACCAGCAACUGAAGGCCCAGGACUGGUAGUCGGGCCAGAGCUAAAAGAGUCAAUCCGAUCUCACCACGAUAUUGACAGGGACCAAAUCAAAUAUUACAAGAAGGCAUUGAAGUUUUAUGAUAACUUAGCCAAACGUACUGCACAUAACGGCCAUGUCAUCGACAUCUUCGCGGGUUGUUUGGAUCAAGUUGGAUUACUUGAAAUGAAGGGGCUCGCAAGUUCAACUGGUGGAUAUAUGAUUUUGACUGACAGCUUUACGUCGUCUAUGUUCAAGCAGUCCUUCGUUCGGGUCUUUGAGAAGGAUGCGAACGAUAACCUUUUGAUGGGCUUCAACGCGUCCCUUGAAGUCUUGACGACAAAGGAACUGAAGGUGACGGGUCUAAUAGGACAUGCAGUUUCCAUGAACAAGAAAUCCACGUCAGUCGGCGAGACAGAGUGCGGAAUUGGAAACACAUGUUCUUGGAAGAUGUGCAGCAUAGAUCCAAGCUCCAGUUACGGUAUCUACUUCGAAAUUGCUAACCAGGGAGGUCCGGCUCAACACCAGCAAACGCCACAGAAGGGGAUGCUGCAAUUCCUUACAUACUAUCAGCAUUCGUCAGGCCAGUUCCACUUGAGGGUUACUACAGUGGCCCGUAACCUGAGUGGCCCUGCUGGCGACCCAGCUAUUGCGCAGUCCUUCGAUCAGGAGACUGCUGCAGUCUUAAUGUCAAGAAUCGCUGUCUUCAAGGCGGAAGUUGACGACGGCCCUGAUGUGCUGAGAUGGGUGGAUAGGAUGUUGAUUCGCCUAUGCUCUAGAUUCGCGGAUUACCGGAAGGAUGAUCCAUCAUCCUUUCGCCUGGAAAAGAACUUCACCUUAUACCCACAGUUCAUGUUCCAUCUUCGCAGGAGUCAGUUCUUGCAGGUAUUCAACAAUUCGCCCGACGAGACUGCAUUUUACAGGCACGUGCUGAACCAGGAAGAUGUCAGCAACUCUUUGAUUAUGAUUCAGCCAACUCUCGACUCCUACACCUUCGACCAGGAUGGCAGCCAGCCGGUUUUGCUUGAUUCUACCUCGAUCCAGCCCACACACAUUCUCCUCCUCGAUACCUUUUUCCACAUUCUCAUCUUCCACGGAGAGACGAUUGCAGAGUGGAGGAAAGCUGGUUACCAGGAGCAAGAAGGUUACGAGAACUUCGCAACCCUCUUGGAGGAACCGAAAGAGGAUGCAAGGGAACUGAUCACCGAUCGAUUCCCCCUUCCCCGUUUCAUUGUUUGCGACGCUGGAGGCUCCCAAGCUAGAUUCCUCCUCUCCAAGCUUAACCCCUCAACGACCCAUACGACUGGUUCAUAUGGCGGGGUUGGCGCAACAAACGCGCAGACGAUUUUCACUGACGACGUCUCUUUGCAGACAUUCAUGGAUCAUUUGAUGAAGUUAGCGGUCAGCGGCACGAACUGAGAAAGCAUAGAUGGCAUGAGAGGGAGGCAGGCUGAGGGAAUUAGAUUAUCCGUUUCGGCGACUACUGGCGACAUCAAAAUCGAUUCUGUAGUAACUGAAGAAUUGCAAACCAAAGAUUAGUCAAAUAGGAAAUAUAAUGGGAAU